UUAACGCUUGCGCUCUUUUGUUUUUGUUUACUUCCGGGGCGGAUCUAGCAGACGGAAAAGUUAGGAUUUACCUGAAAAAUGUUGCUUAUAUUUGAUGACAAGCACAAGGAACACCUUUCCUUUUUAACAGACACAGAGACUGAUGUUGUGCGUGAAUUUUGCAAGAUAAGCAUGGAGUUUAUAAGGAAAGGUUCGAAUAGAAAAAUCUACCAAGGAGCUGCUCAAAAACUCAAAGUUGAUGUUGAAACAGUACAACACGGAGUGGAGGGGUUAAUGUAUCUGUUAACAGAGUGUUCCAAACUAAUGUUGAAUGAGAUAGAUUUCCAGGACUCUAUCCUGACUCUGGGUUUCUCUGAGGACAUGAGGCAGACUCUACUGGAACUGUACCUACAAAACCGACGCGAGAUCCGUGCCAUCAUGUCAGAAAUGGCAAUGGACCUACCUCACUACCAGAACCUAGAGUGGAGGUUUGAUGUUCAGCUUGCAAGUCGCUCUCUCAGACGACAAACUACACCCGUGGUGACAUUUAAACUUCACAUAGAUGAUGCGGGGGAACGCGAGACAAAGGUGUUACAGACAGACCCAGUCAACCUAGUUCAUCUCACGAAGGUGCUGGACGAGGCUCUACAGGAGAUGAAGUCACCAUACUGUCGAAGAAUUGCGCGAAAUAUCAAGUGAACAUUGUGAAAAAUACUUUUAAAGUUAUAUUUUCAUGAGGCUACAAUGAAUGACAAUAAGCUGGAGAAUUCAGUAUGAAGAACAGAAUUUACCAUGACAAUACUAAUAAGAUUGUACUGUGGAUAGACCAUACAGGAAAAAAAUCUUUUAAUAAUGAUACAAUAUGUAUUUUUGCCCUAACUGUAGGGAAGCAUGAAUAUUCUUGGUUUGUCAGAGGUUGAUCAUGUUUCACAAGGACGAAGCCGGAGUGAAACAUGAUUAAUCAAGGAGAAACAAAGAAUCGUGAUUCCCUUCUGCAGGGGAAAUGAAUAUUUCUAUUAUGCAGAGAAAAAAAAACAUUCAAAAAAAAUAACACCAUAUGAUCAGGUUGAUGUGCCAUUGUUGUGAACAUGAACAUAAUAUUGUAUUGCCCUGUCACGUGACGAGUAUCAUCCAAUCAUACAUGCGGUUAUAAAGUUGAGGUAAAAUAAUGUAUUUUGUAUAGUAUGGCUUUUUGGAUGGUAAACUGGAAUCAUCAUGUCCACCUGUCCAUCUAUAGGGGUAAUCUGGUCCAGACAAUUAAGUUAUCAUCACACAUGAAUAAAACUGGUCCCUG